AUGUCAAAACAACCAUCCAAACGUCCUCGCACCCUUUCCUCCUCUUCCCCUUCUCGUUCGCGCAAGAGGACUAUUCCCCAAUUCGGCGCACCCACAACAGACGACUCACCUAACGCCAACCCGUCCACACACCCGGCAACGAAUCCAUUUUCGACUCGAACGCCACUCUAUAAUGCACACGGUGGAAACGCUAUCCCAGCGCUCUCCACGCUCGCUGCGCGUGUGUUCGUCGCUAGUUUUCGGGUAUUAGGUGCUAGAGGAGAGGUUACAGAGGGAAAUGAUGGGAGAACGGGUGGGUAUGAAAAGGUUAGAGUCAGCGGUAGAGGACGAGAAGGAAGACGGAAGUGUGACUGGGCAUACACUGCACGCUGGCUUCGCGCCCUCCCCGACCUCCUCGCCUCGCGUCUCUUUGCAAUGCUCACAGCAGCCGUUCCAGCCUAUCUAAGCCAUGCGCUUAUUGUUACCAUAGGCAUACAGUACAAUCAAUCAGGCUCGAGUACUAAAGCCGAUACAAUCCAAUCCAUCAUAUACUUCCUCCGUGGACCCUCCGUUACCCUCACGAACGACCUCACUGGUGUCGAGCGUGCAACUCUGUUCGCCAUCCCACGAAUAACAAGAUCAAGCGCGACAGAUACCAGCACCCUUCGUGAACUGCACCUCAUCGGGCUCGACGCCUUCUCUGAUUCGACCUUUGCGUCUAUCAUAACAUCACUUCCGGAGUUGAGGGUACUCGUGUUGCGCGGAUGCACAAAAGUCAGUUUUAAGACCGUCCAGGCAGCCGCUUCCUCCUGCCCCUCGCUCCAAGUUGUUAACCUCAACUACACAGUUAUUCCACCCUCGUCGCUCAUAACUCUCUUCAUCAAUUGUCGUGCGCUUGAGGUGUUGAAGGUCGCAGGGGUGCCUAACUGGACCGACGCUACAUUCUCCAAGCUCCUUGCUGGACUUUGCCAAUCUGGCCGACCCAGUGAUUCUCCCGAGUCUGAUGCAGUCGAACCUCAGUCCAUCCUCGCAAGAAACACGCUCCCUUUGCGUACCCUGAAACUUCGCCAGACUGGCCUGUCCGACACGUCCAUCCACGCAAUUGUAGCGCUCUGUCCCCACCUCCGCAGACUCGACAUCUCGUUUACAUCCGCACGGCACCUUCCUUGGUCCAUUAAUACUAACACCGUCACCCACGCCAACAGAGAUGAAGUCAGCAAGAAUAACGAUUCUACUAAUGCCAGUACCAUCCUCCCUCUCGAAAAACUAACACUAACAGCCACCCAAAUACCCCCCUCCUCUCUCCUCUCCCUCCUCCCGCGCCUCCCGCAUCUACACGUUCUCGCACUCGGCGCGAUGGGUAGUGCACCUUCGACUUCGCGUUCUGGGGUGAGUGCAGGGAUGGGGCUCACAGAUGAGGUAUUGGGUAAGUUGACCGAUGGGCUGGUGUUGGCUAAGCGUAAGCGUGAGGAUAAAAGUGGGGCGAAAGGGGGAUUGGAAAGCGUGAACCUCGCUGGGAACUCUAAGCUUGGGUUUACAUCGAGAGCAGGGAGGGGUGCGUUAGAGGAAUUAGUAAGGAGGAUCGGAAGGGGAUGCAAGAAAUUAAAUCUAGCGGGCGUGUCGUCUCUCCGGUCGGCGGAUUUGAGGGGUUUGUUGGAGUACAACGACGGCGAGGAUGGAAGAAGGACACCGACACUUGAACAUCUCGUGCUUACUAACACGGGGAUCGACGACGAAGCUGCGCCGUACAUCGCGGCCUGUUCAUCUUUAGCUAUUUUAGAACUGGGCGGGACUAAAAUAACGAGUGCGGGAUUGUUCCCUAUCAUUGAUGCGUGUCCUCGGCUUGAGAAGCUGGAUCUGACGAGCUGCAGAGGCGUGAGCGUCGUCGAUCGGAGGCGGUUUUUCGAAGUCUGGGAGAGGGAGUGGAAGGAUAAUUGAACCAUGAUGCAUGGUGGGUUAAGAAGAACGGUAAUAUUAGAGGUGUCAGUCAUGUGCGUAUCACCUGUGCGGAUUCAGAACGAUGGCUUUUG